ACUACCAAAUCUCAAUGGCUGGCAAGUCGGAACUUGAACGAAGGCGAGAGGAGAGAAAAGGAGAAAAGAGAGACGCUACCUUGUACCUCAACGAGAGAUCAACUCAGCAGCAACUUGAAUUGUUGCUAAACAAAGCUGUUCGUUUGAAGCCUGAUGAUCUAUUUGGAUAUCUGACACGAGAACUUAGCUGUUUAGCAUUGCCAGUUACUGUAUAUCAGGUUACUGGAAGCAGAAUAAUUGACUUGGGUGGUGAAACUGCAGUGAAAGUGACUGUGCACUGUACUAUUAAUGGAGUUUCAGAGGUAAUGCAGUCCGCUAUCUGCUCUUUUCCUCUGCCUGUUGUUGUAACACCAGUUGCAAGGAGCCAGUCUUCGCUUAGCAGAAACAGUAAACAGAACUCUGUAACUGAAGAUCCAGUUCAGCCAGACGUGUCAGCAAAUUCACUAAACACUGUUGAAGAAAUUGUUACUAAAAGCUCAGAGUUACUGAAGAACAAGAAGAUUGCAGAACUAGAAUCUCUUGACACAUGCUUAAAGUCUCUUGAUGUUUCUUUGCCUGAUGAAGUAACAGUGUGCAUGUGUGCGUCUUGGACGAUCUCAUUAGCAUUAGCAAAAUCUGCUUGUGACCUGCUUCAUAAGCCUCUUUACGAGUUGCUGUUUGCCAUGAAUGGAGUUGAAAAUGAGACAGUGUGUCCACCUGUUGUGGUUGCCAGAAUGCUGAGCGGUGGAACUGUUAGUAACGGGAAACUGAAAAUCAGGGAUUUUAGUGUUAUUCCAGCAGAGACAGAUUAUGAGGAGGGUAUUCGAAAUGUCUGCAAGUUUCACAAAGCGUUGGGUUCAGUACUGUCAGUGAAAUAUGGGCCAAGUGCUCUAGCUGUUCUAGCUGACGGCUCAUAUGCUCCAAGUUUAGACAAGCCAGAACAAGCUUUUGACCUCCUUCAAGAAGCGAUGACAAUGUCACAACUAGAAUGGAAAACCCAUCUAUUGCUAGCAGUAAACAUCAAUGCUUCUUGUGGCUAUGACCCUGAGAAGAAUAGAUAUGAAUUGACUUCUGGCCAGUGGAAGACUAGAGAUGACUUGCUGACAUAUUACACUGAUUUGAAGGAACAAAGACCAGAACUUGUAUCAUUAGAAAAUCCGUUUACUGACCAAGACAGUGGUAGUUGGUGUAAAUUGUCUGAACGACUAGGUGAAGGAUUCACUUUGAUCGGUGAGACUGGCAGGCCAGAAGCAAGUGAUGAAGACAAACCAGAGCAAGACAUACAAUCAGUUGAAUCUCUUAGUGCAAUGGUUGACAAGAUCACGUGGAACUCUCAGAGCACAAUAACUCAAUUGUGUCAGACAUCAAGAACGAUUAUGUCAGGAACAAGGCAGUUGCUGUUGAACUGUGAUUCAAAUGUCAACUCAGAUUGUGUGGCUGAUGUGGCAAUGGGUGUCCAGACAAAAUAUUUAAAGCUUCCUGCACCAUCCAGUUUUGAUUUCCUUGGAAUAUACAACAGACUUGUGCAGAUAUAUCAUCACUUGAAAUCAAGAGACAACAAGAGUGAUUCCCGUUCCUAACGCAUCCAGGAAAAUACACAAAGUGACUAGACAUACAAUAAUCAGCAAUCGGUAUAAAUAACUGCAUGCACUCGGUGAAUGACUAAGUGCUAUUGCUGUACAUGUAAGAGACCAAUUUAACCCCUGAUCCUAAUUGAGUAGACAGGAUGGUUUGUGGCAAUUUUAGUUGCACUCAAAACAUAGCUGCAUCUAUAUGGUUGUAAUGAAAGUCUGUUUAUGC